CUGUUUCUCUCUCGCCUGUGCCAGUCUGCCUGACUCAGAAGCGAGGACUCACUGGGAAGCAGCUUCAGCAGCACUGGGGGCUCCUGGGACACCGCACCUGACUAUCUGCCCUGUGUUUUCUGGAGGCUUGAUAUAAAGAUGUCCUGGAGACAGGUCAUCCUCCUGUCGUGUCUCUCGGCGACACUGCUCCUGUGUAUGCUACAAGAGGGGACCAGCGCUUCUGUGGGCAGCAGGCAGGCAUCCGGAGAAGAGACCCAGGAUGGUACGAAACAGAACAUUUUCAUGCAAGAAUCUGAUGCCUCGAACUUCCUCAAGAGGCGUGGCAAGCGGUCUCCUAAAUCCCGAGAUGAAGCCAAUGCGGAAAACAGACAGAAGCUGCGAGACCAAGAGCUGCGGAGAGAGUAUUAUGAGGAACAAAGGAACGAGUUUGAGAACUUCGUGGAGGAACAAAGAGAUGAGCAGGAAGAGAGGACCAGGGAAGCAGUGGAGCAGUGGCGACAGUGGCAUUAUGAUGGCCUGUACCCUUCCUACCUCUACAACCGCCAUCACAUCUGACCUCACCCUGAAGCAGCUGGGGAAGAGGAACAGGAAACAUGCCUCCCACCUCUCUUCUACAGACCCACGAGGUGAAGCUCCCACACUGCCUCGGCCAACGGCUCCAGGGCGCACACACCCUUUGUUCUGAUGACCCAGGAUGCUCGGCUUUUGCUUCUUUGUGGAUAUUUUUUUCUUUUCUUUUCUUUUCUUUUCUUUUCUUUUCUUUUCUUUUCUUUUCUUUUCUUUUCUUUUCUUUUCUUUUCAGGUGAGCAACCACCUGUGGUCCUUCCCAGCAUUAAAUCUACAUGCUUAGCCACUGGAAACAGAAUUAGAAGGCCCAUCUGAUAGGACAGUUAAAAGGAUCGCAGCAAGAUUUUAAGUUUGCCUACCACCUAUUAAUAAAAGUG